GGCGAAAAUGCCGAAGCAGCAAGUCAACGCCUUCAUCCAGGCCAGCGACGACACGCAGGCGAGCAUGAAGAAUUCGAACUUCGUUUGCAAAUACGUGCUCGUUGGCCAGGAGCUUUCUGAGAAGCUCCGUGGUCAGAGGAUGCUUCAGUGCGUGUUCUGCGGGAACGAGUGGCAGGGGAACAGGCAUGGGGUUGCGCGACAUUUUCGUAGCGUGAAGGGAUGUUUACAGGUGACCAAUGAAGCUCUUAUGGAGAAGCAUAACAUGAGCGGUUACGCAUUUGAGGGAAAGUGGUUGGAGCGGAUCCGCAAGAAGUUGUGGUUGCGCUUCGUGUACAGCAACCAGCUUCCCUUCAACAUCUUUCGGAGCCCGACAUGGAAGGCGUAUACUGCACACUUCAGGGACAAACCCGCUUCAGUCCCCGUGGUUUGGCCUUUUGAGAACGAAGUCGCAUCGAUGGAUGCAGUGCUUGAGACAGCGACAGACGUUGUUGCGGGUCUCAAAGACAUACAGGAGCCGUUUGACCGCACUGGGGCGACGAUCAUGUCCGAUGGUAGGAAGUCUCGUGAUGGGAACUUCCUUGUAGCCGUUGCUCGAGGAGUGAUGAUGUAUCCCACCCUCAACAGACAGGGUGAGAUUGAUGAUGCGCUCGCGGUGUUGGGGAGGUGGAUAUCGGUUUUCCACGAUUUCGGUCCCGACAGGGUUAACGCCAUUUGCACAGACUCUGUGUCUGCCUACGUAAAGGCAGGCAACGCUUUGGCCCAUCCUCACAUGCGGCCUGCGUACAAACGGAUUACGUGGCUUCCCUGUGCGGGGCAUGUGUGCAACAAAUUGUCGUCGGACAUCGGGACAGUGGGUCCGUGGUUAUGCAUGUCUCGAGUGAUCGAGUGGACGGGACAGUUGGCGAGGGAUGUGGAGGCGGCUGUUAAACCGCUUGAGAAUGAAUUGGCGGAUCAGAUUUUCAGGUGCGUGCAGGAGCGUGUCUCUCAUAUGUGUGAGCCUGCGCAUGUUGUGGUGUACCUCCUUUGCCCGAUGAGGAGGUCGAUGCAGUAUUACAGCGACGUGGUGAAGGACGAGGACAAACGACUUGUGAGGAAGGCAGAGUCGUACAUUCUGUCGCAGACCGGGUUUGACGAGCGGCGGAAGGAGUACCGAGACGCUGUGUUGCAGCUGCGGGACUUUCAUAUGCGCACAUCGACUUGCACAUGGGGAGGGGAGUGGGCACACGCCGCAGCGGAGAUGUGUGUCGGGGACCACGAGACUGCUGAGAGUGGUCUUCGGUGGUCACAGUAUGGCGGUUGUGCUCCUGAGCGUCAUCGUAUCGCUGUUCGUGUGUUGUACAUGUGGACGUGCUCCUCUCCCGCAGAGCGGAACUGGGCCAUCCACGAGAGUAUUCACACGAAGAAGCAUAACAGGUUACUGUUCUCGAAGGUCGCGAAGUUGGUCGAGAUCAUGGCCAACAUGCGACUUUUGGCUCUUCAGAGCGCUGGUGGAGGUUUGGUUCUUCCCUGGACUCAUGACGAGUCCAUGUUCGAUGUCGAGGGAGGCUUGGAGGCAGACGCUAUAUGUGAGGGGGUGGACCACAGCAUACCAGAGGAGGACCGUGAUGUGCAGGCGCAGUUGUGGCGGCGGGAUGCUUGCGGGUCACGACCACUGCCUCCCGUUGAAGAUGUGUUCGGGGUUCGGGCCGCCACUUUGAGGCCGUACCCGAGAGACGACUCGAGUGGAGAUGAGCUUGAGGAGGCAGAUGACGGUUUCCGCCUCCACGGCGCUGCUGCUGCCCAGCGUGCAGAGGACGACGAUGGCACUUGGAGUGACCCUGAGGAGGUUCAUCGGCGUAGCAGUGGUAGAGAUUUAUUCAAGGACACAGCCAGGGGCAGGUUUGGAGUUGAGGGAUGUUGGGACGGAUCUGGGAGCCCUGUUGUCGAGCUGCCCGUACAUGGGGCAGAGGGAGACACAGCGGGCAUGCGAGGAGCCCAUCAGAGACGGGGUCCGACAGGCAGGGGCUCAUUAGACAAUGGCGAGGUUUCAGAGGGACGUGGAGGAAGUGUCGUACCCCCGUUCACCAUUCACGGGGUCUUUGAACGGAGCCGAGAGAUGAGCAUCGCAGAUGUGGCUGGCGAUGUUGUUUCUGGGUUGGGUGGGGCAUGGUCGCUAGGGGACAUUGGGACGCUUGGCGCUCUGCCUGGUAGUGGUUACGCGGAGCAGUUCGAUGAUGCCCAUCAUGAGGGGGCACCACACGAUGAUGCUGGCGGUGGGGACCAUGCUAUGGAAUCGGCGUCCAUGCGCGAUUUCAUGGCUGAGCUAGAGGCCACUCUGCCAUCCAUGACGGAGGGUGAGUCUGUUGUUGCGCGACAGGUCGAAGACGAGGAUGUUGGGCCUAGCCACAGUCAGUUCACAUGAGAGAGCCUGCACCCGACACCGAGGAGGAGCGCAUGGCGAGAGAGGCGAGGGAGGAUGAGGAGGAGGCCGCAAGGGCCAAGGCCCUAGCCGAUUUU